CCAGCGCUCUCGCGACGCCGUCGUGCAGCGUCAUCAGAAUUGCACGUGCAUCGGCCGAGCGCUCCAGAGCUGUAACGAGGAUAGAGCACAGCCUCUCGCCCACACCUGGAGACAUGAUACAUUUUCUCGCUCACUCUCUCUCUUGUGAAGCGCACGAACGCGAGAGCAGCAGCAACAGCAUAUGCCCUCUCGCUCACACUCGCGACACCGUGCAUUCUCUCACUCGCUCUUUCGCUAGAUGUAGAGGCACAGUGCUUCAAAGCUGCAGCAGUGAUGCCAUAUACCGUCUCGCUCGCUCUCAUCACACUGAUCCUUUAGCGAGCAAACCUCUCUCUUUCGCUCUCCCGUGAGCCGCGAUGCUUUAUACAGAGAUGUCAAAACGACGCAUACGGCUGCAGCCUCUUGAUACCUCUAAACAAACCCCACCGAUAUAUAUUCUUUAUUAUAUGCUAUUUUUGCGGAUUCAACCGAUUCACUUAUGAAGGGCGUAUCUCCGGGGGCUAAAGACACAGCUCGGUCUUCGGGAGAAGAUGCUAUACAGGAGAUGGAGCAAUAUGCUCGAAAAUAUGCUUGCACAGGCAUAAACAAAGCUGUCUCACUCGUGCGCGUGCUUUUUCACGCAAACACCGGGGACCAUGCAGAGUACUGUAAAACUUCAGCGACUGCUCCUUUGCCGUCUUGAAAAAAAAAAUAUCGCUAGCAUUUUAAUUAUGAUUCACACCUAUCUUCUCGCUCGAGAUAUGUCAGUAGCGAUUCAACCGUCAUAUAGAGCGGUAUUUAACGAUUACCCCUUACAAUGUCGGAUGAAUCAGUGCGUUCUUGUAUUUUGGGUCUUUUACGCCUAACAAAACCGCAUAGCGCUCAGCUGAGACGUCGGUGUAAUGAUCUAUGGUGUUACGAGCUGCUGCGUUUAUCGGGUGAUUGACUCGUGAACAGACUUAAAUACGUGAUCUGGUGGGCCCCUUUACGAGCUCUAGUGGUGGCCUAUAACAGAGGCAUAUUAAGUGGUCAACGAGUGUUGGGUGUUGUGUAUGAGGAGUUACAGCGCCGCGGUGUUUUAGAAGCUCCCCGCGUAAGAGGCCUUGUCGAUGAAAUCAGAUGUAAGUACCAUUAGCUCGAUAAAUCACUGUUGUUGACGGUUAGCAAUACAGCAGUUAUUUUUACCAUAGGCUAUCGGCAGUUUUACGAUGCGGGGAGUGACGAAGAAGAGGCUCUCGCUGAGGCGACGAGAGCUGCGGAGGAAACGGAUCUAGAGCGUCAAGCCGUCCUCUACCAACCGCUGCAUGAGGAGGGGGUAGGGGAAGAGCCUAGAGCGAGCACCUCGGCAGCCCCGGCCGAGCCGAUACCGCAGGGUUUCACCAUAGGCCAUCGGCAGUUUUACGACGCGGUGAGCGACGAAGAAGAAGAAGAGGCUCUCGCUGAGGCGACGAGAGCUGCGGAGGAAGCAGAUCUAGAGCAUCAAACCGCCCUCUACCAACCGCAGCAUGAGGAGAGGGCUGAGGAAGAGCCCAGGGCGAGCACCUCGGCAGCAUCGGCCGAACCGAUACCGCUGCAGCCCGAGUCUGAUGACGACGAGGCGUCGACUAUUCUAAACCCCUCCUUGAUGUUUAGCGAUCGGUCUGAUAUACUGGCUGUGUACCGGCAAGCCAGAGCAAACGAUGACGACGGAGCGAUAGCGGGUCCAUCGUAUCACCACCAUCGUCAGCAGGAAGAUGACCUCGUACAGCCCGAGAAUCAGCUGGGGGUGUAUCCGAUGGAUGCUCGACAGGAGGAGGAGGAGGAGGAGGAGGAGGAGGAGGGGGAGCGUCUAAACGAGGAGCGAUUAGAAGCUAGACGCUUCGGCCUAUGGUUUCAAGAGCUGAUGGAGUGUGAUUCAGAUAUACAAACGGGCGGGGGAAGAACGCGCAAUACACAGGGGAACGAGGCUUUCGGGGAUGUGCAACCCCCGGGAGGGCGGAUCAUCAUCACGCACGAUACAGCCCGUUAUUUCAAACGUUUUCAACUACGUGGUCGGGAGAUAACAUUGCGUAUCCGCCAGCCUCACGCUGGCGCAAACGUGACAACAUGGCUUGAAGGAGCAUUCCGCGAUCUUCUGACGCAUCUCACGAGUCACUGUGAGGAUGGUGACUACGCGGGGAUCUCGUUCUCCGCGAGCUGCUUAGCGCACGGCCCCGUCUGGCUUUCAUUCCGCCCUGUCCGCGCCUAUACAUUUGUAGAUAUUUGGCAAUUAAUAACAAACAUAGCUCAAAGUGCAGCGUCUCUGGAUAUUAAUGAUUCUUUCCAUAUAAAAGUAUGUAUCGUUAAAGGUUUGGAGGGUAGGGGGCGAAAAGGUUUGACACACGAGGGCGUUGCUAAAAAAUCAAUUUUAACGAUUCGAAAUACCGACAAUCUGUGUCUACCGCGCUCGUUAGUAACAGCACGCGCGUACGCGGAAAGGGGUGAGAUACGCUCGGGGGCUCUGCAUUCUAGAUGGCAGCGUAUACGACAGAUUAACGGGUCGCUUCAAAAAGAGGCGGCGCUUGAGCUCACGAGAAGCGCAAAUGUUGUUAUACAGCCCGCUGGCUGCGGUAUGCGCGAAAUUGCUAUAUACCAGAAUUAUUUGGCUCGCGAGGGGUUAGCUAUCGUGGUUUUCGAGUUUUUGACUUUGGGGCGACGCGAAAGACCGGUGUUUGACGGUACACAGACGGUUAUGGAUACAGUAGGCUCAGUCCGGCACACGUUAUACAUUCUGUAUUAUGAGCGGUCGCAUCAUUUCCAGCCUAUCUUGAAUCUGCGUGGUGCUGUAGGCAGCUUAAACUUCUGCGCAAUCUGUAACGUCCGUUCUCGUCGGGAUCAUAGAUGUUUAAAAAAGAAAUGCCCUCGCUGCCUUCAAGCACCGCCCUGCGCUCUGGGAGCAGCUGCCGCGAUCAGAUGCGAGACAUGUAACCGCGAUUUUUUUGGGGAGCAAUGUUUAGAAAAUCACAGGGCUGUUACCAUCCGUCGUAAACACAGGGUAAACACUGUUUGCGAGUCUCUUCAGCGGUGCCGUAACUGCUUUCGCGCGAUAAGACCUUUAGAGAAAAAGACGCAUGUGUGCGGGGAGGGUUUCUGUAAAACGUGUAAAUCGCGGCACCCCUAUAAUCGCCUGUGCUAUAUGAGGCCUAUUCGCGUCGAUGAGAGGCCAAUAGAGAACAUAUUCAUAUUCUAUGAUUUUGAAACGCAGCAGUGUACCCCUCUAAAAGGUGAUCCUACAACGCGCGUUCACGAACCGAAUCUUUGCGUAACUCAACGUGUCUGCACCAAGUGCUGCGAUAAUGCUUCUAUAGACGAGCCGUGCGAGCAUUGCGGGGAUCACGAGUUUAUAUUUAGGACGAACCCUGUGUGUCAACUUGUGGAGUUAGCCAUACAGAGUAUGCCGAACUUCUCUCACGUAUUUUUAAUAGCCCAUAACGCCGGUGGUUUCGACGCCCAGUUUAUCCUGCGCUACCUCAUCGAGGAGAAAAAAACGCAGCUCCCUUCUUUAAUAAUGAACGGCACUAAAAUCAUCACAAUGCGCAUUGGCAAACUCGUGUUUCUCGACAGCUUGAACUACUUUCACAUGCCUCUGAGUGCACUGCCUAAAUCUUUCGGUCUAAAAACUGCUCUCGCCAAAGGAUCUUUUCCGCAUCUGUUCAAUAGGCCCGAGAAUCAAAAUUAUAUUGGGCCGAUGCCGCCUGCGGCCGAUUACUCUCCCGACACUAUGCGCCCGGAGGAACGCGAGCGUUUUUUUGCAUGGUAUAACGAGUUAAAGAAUGCCUCUUAUGUAUUUAACUUUUCAAACGAGCUCAUAACCUAUUGUAAAAACGACGUUACGAUAUUGAGACAGGCCUGUGUGGUUUUCCGGAAAAUGUUCAAGGACAGCGGACGCGUUUGCCCGUUUAGCGAAAACACAACAAUCGCGUCCGCCUGCUUUCAAAUCUUUCGAAAAAAUUUUUUAAAACCUAACACGAUCGGUAUUAUACCUACGGGCGGUUACAGAUGGGCUCACAAUCAGUCAAAAAAAGCGGUCUCUUGGCUCGUGUGGAUGGAGCAUUCUUUAAAUCGUCGUAUCAUUCACGCAGGACGCUCGCGCGAGUUUAAAUUGCCUCAAAAUUUAUUAGUAGACGGUUACUACGAAACACCUGAUUCAGCCCACGUGUUACAGUUUCACGGUUGCUAUUGGCACGGGUGUUUGAGCUGUUUCACUGUAAACAGAGACCGUGUACAAAGCGAUGGUGAUACACUGAACGAGCGUCUCGAGAGAACAAACGCUAUAUCGCAGAGAAUCCGCUCAAGCGGCUACACGUUAACCGAGAUUUGGGAGUGCGCGUAUGACCGGAUGAUAAAAACAGAUUUAGAGAUGAGCGCUUUUGUGAGUGAUCACCCUCUGGUUCGAGCGGAGCCUCUCAAUCCGCGCGAUGCUUUUUUCGGUGGUCGCACGGAAAACAUGGUCACUCUGUACGACGUGAAAGACGGGGAGCAGAUACGAUAUGUUGACGUUUGCUCUUUGUACCCAUACAUCUGCAAGUACGGCAAAUAUCCGGUGGGUCAUCCAACGGUAUACGUCGGCGACGAGUGCAGGGCGCUGACAGGUCCCGAAAAUAAUAUCAGUCUUUCCCGCGUCGAGGGCCUUGUUAAAUGCACAGUGCUUCCACCGCAAAAUCUUUAUCAUCCGGUGCUGCCGGUGCGAAUGCAUCAGCGCCUGUUAUUCGGGUUAUGUCGUAGCUGCUGCGAAACAAUGAACCAGGACGCGUGUCCUCAUGAAGACCCCGCGGAGCGUGUGUUUAGCGGUACUUGGGUAGUGGAUGAAUUGCGAAAAGCUAUUGCGUGCGGGUAUAAAAUAUUAACCGUGAGCGAGAUUUGGCAGUAUAAGAUAACGCAGUACAACCGCGAUACACAGAAGGGGGGCCUUUUCACCGGGUACAUAAACACUUUUCUUAAAAUCAAACAAGAGGCUAGCGGUUGGCCCGAGGGUUAUGCAGAUGACGAGGCUGCCCAAGAGCGUUAUAUAACUGCUUUUAAGACAGCCGAAGGGGUUCAGCUGGAGCGGGGUGCGGUAGCGAAAAACCCAGGGCAGCGCUCGGUAGCCAAACUUUGUCUUAACUCCUUUUGGGGUAAAUUUGGACAACGCGAAAAUUUACCGCAAACAGAAAUAGUAUCGACACGCGAAAAACUUAUGGAGCUGCUAAAUAGCCCCGAGCACGAGAUCACUGGUAUGCUACCUGUUAACAACCAGGUGCUGUAUGUUAAUUAUAUGAAAACCAGUGAUGCUGUAAUACCGUCUAAUAUAGCAAAUACUGUCAUAGCUGCAUACACCACAGCCCAAGCCCGUUUAAAACUUUACACCUAUCUCGAACCGCUGGGUAAGCGUGCUCUGUACUGCGACACCGAUUCCGUUAUUUAUGUCACGAGAAAAGAGCCUGGAGAGUAUGAACCGCCAACGGGUCAAUUGCUAGGGGAUUUAACCGACGAGCUAAGCUCUUACGGCGAGGGCAGUUACAUUAAGUCUUUCAUCUCAGGCGGCCCUAAAUUUUAUUCUUUCAUAGUUAAUACGCCGAGCGGCGCGGAAAGCGAGGUUUGCAAGGUUAAAGGCAUAACGCUGAAUUACGCAAACAGCUCGCUGAUAAAUUACGAAUCAAUACGGUCAUUUAUAAUAGGUGAGAGAGAAAAUCCUGUUGUACUACAGUUUGAUUCAAUACGUCGUACGCCGUUCCACCAGGUUGUCACACGACCCGAAAAGAAAUCGUGCAUGCCUCUAAGCGUCAAGCGAAGACGUGAUGGCGAAUACGGCUCGCUCCCUUACGGCUACAAGUAACCGUUUAUAAAAACUCUCGCUUUAAACAUUGUUAAGCAGCGUUGUAAAAUAUCUAUGUUAUUACUGUAAAAUAUUUAUACUGUUA